GCAAAAGUAAAACAACUUUCUCAGUGCUUCGGCAGAUCAUGGAGUCUGGAACUGCAGGUGGUGACACGCCAGUCGAAUUUGAGUGCCCAAUCUGUAAAGAUGUCUUUCUGGAUCCUAUUUAUUUACCCUGCAGACAUGCCUUCUGCCGGUCUUGUGUGUCUGAGGCUCUCCGGACCAGGAGCCACUGCCCCGUCUGUAGGGGUCCCAGCGAUGGGCCGGUCACACCGGCGAGAGAUGUCGUGCAGAGGAUGGAGAGCACCUCCGGCACUUGCGCAGAAUGUCGCUCCGUGGUGUUCUUCAGCCAAAUGAGACAUCACGCUCAAAGGCACUGCUCCGUCCUCCGCGUUGCACGUCCCUCUCCUGCAGGCCCGGCGGUGACUGUUGAAGGUGUCCCAGUGAUGACCUUUCAGUGCCCAUACUGUGAGGAAGCUGGUCUUGAUGAGCUGGAUUUGCUGGACCACUGUAAUGAAAACCAUCUCCGCGACACCAGGCGUGUGGUUUGUCCAAUAUGUUCAGCUCUGCCUCAUGGGGAUCCUACUUAUCAGAGUCGAAACUUCAUUGGACACCUAAUCCUGAGACACGGCUUCUACAUGGAGGACUUUAUGGACACGAGACAUGAUGACACCAUUAACGAGCAAGCUGCAAUCUUAGCAUCUUAUAACGCACUAGUGCAAUAAGCCUGGCAUGUUUCCAACCUAAAUGUAGUCCGAAUUUAUAGAAUGGUCCUCAUCAGAUACCUUGAGUAAAAUGUAAUUUCUGUGCUUCCUGUACUAAUUACUUUAAUCACAAAAUCAAUGUACUGUAUAUGGGUCCUGUCAGUCAUAUAGUUUUGGAUUAAAUCAAAACUGCUA